AUGGCUCAUGCUGCAACGAUCAGCCGUCUGACCGAUGACCUCGUCCGAAGCAUUGUCCCAGCGGCCAACGACGAUGACAACGCCCACAACCAGAUACGAGACAGUGCGGUAAAGCAGCUGAGGACCGCCAAUCGUGCCCGAACCAACCAGUUUGAAGUCCAGUCCAAACUAUCUGGCCUAGUGGAGAAGUUUGCUGUUCUCAACCGCGAUGACCUGUCAGAAGCCCUGCAGUCAAGGCUGGACGCACUGCCAGAGGACGCAAGAUGGCUGCCGGAGAUCUUAUCGUUGCUCCUGAACCUGUCCGACAGGCCGCUGGAGAGGACCCGGCUUGGGGACGUCGAGGCUUCUACCCAGUCCUUUGCUGGGGAAGCUGAGACCUUGACUUGGGAGGAUCUCCUCGACGACGAUGCCAACGAUGACGGCGACCUGUGGGCUGAUGUCGACCGCGGCUAUCAUUCGAGCGGCGACGACCUCACGGGCGACGAGGAAAUCGAUUCGGAUCUCACCACCUCUACGCAGGCGACGAGUGUCGUGGAGGAAGAUGUUGUGACCCGGGCAAGGUCCUUCGUCCAGCCUCUGGAAGAGGACGCUCUUGACAGCGUUGAAACAUUGCAUCAUGAGAUCAAAGAUGCGCUUGAUAGCGGUAGUAGCAUCUCGGAACUUACGCUCGUUCGCGAAACACUGUCCAUGGUACACGGGCUACUGACGAAUCUAUACAAUAUGGACGACAGGUCUGGACAGGUAGCGCCAAAGCCUCAUUUGAAGCUAGCCACAGCUGCCAUCAGUACCUUGGACGACGCAACCACUUCUUUUGCGGAGAUCGGAUCCUCGAUCAACGUUCUCCGGCAGUGGGUUCGAAAGGAGCAACCGGUCGCUUACAUUCAAUCAUGCCAGGGUUCCAUGCAGAAGCUCAUCUCAGGUUUUGAUCGACAGCUUGCCAGCAUUGAGCAGGCGUACGUGCAGCAAGCGGAAGACGUGGUGGUCAGCCUUCUCUCUGUACGAGCAAGAGUUGAAAGAUGCCUGAGACCUCUGAUGUGCCUGGCGGAGGUGGUCAAGGCAUCCGAGAACUCGACGAUCUCGCCCUUCGCAUUGCUUGAAGGUCUCUAUGACCAAGCAUGCACUGCCGAACUGUCCGGCGAUCAAGACACCUUUGCAUCUCUAUUGCCGGUGCUUCUGACCGGUCUGAAGACGUAUCUUCGACCAGUCUCACGCUGGAUCACGAGCGGGACAUGCCGUGCUACAGACCCAUCCUCUCUGGUCGAAGAUCGGGACCCCGACUGCGACCCAGGCAGGUUCUGGCAUGACAGGUACGCCAUGAGGAGCCUCGCAGAUGGCCUGCCUUACAUGCCAGCUUUCCUCCGUCCUCGAGCAGGCCGCGUCUUUGCUCUGGGCAAGAAUCAAGCCUUCCUUAGGGUGUUACGAACGGAGCAUGAUGACGACUGCGAAAGCGAUAUGAACACCGGAACGCCAGACUUUGCGAGCUUGGAGCAUUAUGCACAUGGCCAUAGCUUUCUGCCUUUCUCCCAACUGCUCGACGAGACGUUAGAUACCUGGCUCGCGGCAACAUCGAAAGACUCUACGCCAAUUCUACGCCGCGCACUGCUCGAAGAUCACGGCUUGCUCAAGACUUACUCCAGCCUGACGAGCACAUUCUGCUCAGCAAACGGCAGAGCUUUCCAAGAGUUUGCAGAAACGCUCUUCUGGUCACUUGACCACAAGCCGAAGCAGUGGAAGAACGAGUUCCUGCUCACCGAGCUUGCGAACAACACUCUCGGCAUCAGUAACAUCACCGCAGACAUGCCUCUUACCGUUCGAGUUGAUGACAAGUCUAAUGACGGCAACCUCGUACAAUCGUCCAUGCAGCAACUGCAGUUCUUGACCUUGGAGACCGUCUUCCCCUGGCCAGUGCAGAACAUCACGCGCUCUCGCUCACCGCAGAUAUACUCAAAAGCCUUCGCCUUACUGCUCCAAACAUACCGAGCGAAAUCACUGCUACGAAACCAAUUCCUCGACCUCCGCACUGCUGCUGCCCAGGGAAGCUCAAUCUCGACCACCACCGCACUUGCGCUCGGAAUCCGGUAUCGUCUCACAACUAUCAUCGACGUCUUACAAGCGCACAUCACAACCACAGCCAGCACCCUGAACGCUUCUCUGAUCCACGAAACGCAAGCAGCGGAGGACAUCGACGCAAUGGCUGAUGUAUGGAGUAAGCACGACAAGCUGCUAGAGACGAGUCUGCUGCUUGGCGAGAAGUUGCGGCCACUGAGGCAGGCUGUGGUGGGUUUGCUCGAGGUAUGCGAGCGGUUUGAUGACCUCUGGAAGACGCUGGUCGAUUUCACGGCAUCGGCUGAGGAUGAUGGUGCGGAAGAUGCGGAAGCACCGUCUCUGGAGUCGUUCACUGCAGCACUGGACGAAACCAGCAGGUUACUGUCUUUUCUCACAGCAGGUCUGCGAAGUAUCAGCAGAGCGGGCGGGAACGCCGCAGUAGAAAUGUUGGCGGAGCGAUUGGAGUGGAUAACUCGUUGA